UGGGGCCGAUGCAUGGGAGACGACUGUGGUCCAGGAGGCAUCCAGACCCGGGCGGUGUGGUGUGCGCACGUGGAAGGAUGGACGACGUUGCAUACAAACUGCAAGCAGGCCGAGAGGCCCAGCAACCAGCAGCAUUGCUUCAAAGUUUGUGACUGGCACAAAGAGCUGUACGACUGGAGGCUGGGACCCUGGAAUCAGUGCCAGCCUGUGAUCUCCAAAAGUCUGGAGAAGGCCCAGGAGUGCGUGAAGGGGGAAGAAGGCAUUCAGGUGCGAGAGGUCACGUGCAUGCAGAAGGAGAAAGACACGCCCGCGGAGGAUAUCAUUUGCGAGUACUUCGAGCCCAAGCCGCUCCUGGAGCAGGCCUGCCUCAUCCCCUGCCAGCAGGACUGCAUCGUGUCUGAGUUUUCCGCCUGGUCCGAGUGCUCCAAGACGUGUGGCAGUGGGCUCCAGCACCGGACCCGCCACGUGGUGGCGCCGCCCCAGUUCGGGGGCUCGGGCUGCCCGAACCUGACGGAGUUUCAGGUGUGCCAGUCCAGCCCGUGCGAGGCUGACGAGAGCCCGCACAGCCUGCACGUGGGGCCCUGGAGCUCGUGCGGGAUGCCCCACCCCAGGCAAGUGCGGCAGGCCAGGCGGCGUGGGAAGAAUAAGGAACGGGAACGGGACCGAGGAAAAGCAGUGAAGGAUCCAGAGGCCCGGGAACUUAUUAAGAAAAAGAGAAACAGGAACAGACAGAAUCGUCAAGAGAACAAAUACUGGGACAUCCAGAUUGGAUAUCAGACCAGAGAGGUUACGUGUACGAACAAGACGGGGCAAGCUGCUGAUUUGAGAUUGUGCCAGCAGGAGAAGCUGCCAAUGACCUUCCAGUCCUGUGUGAUCACCAAAGAGUGCCAGGUGUCGGAGUGGUCAGAGUGGAGCCCCUGCUCAAAAACGUGCCACGAUACGGUGUCCCCUAAAGGCACUCGUGUAAGGACACGGAUCAUCAGGCAGUUUCCUAUUGGCAGUGAGGAGGAGUGCCCAGAACUUGAGGAAACAGAACCCUGCGUGUCUCAAGGAGAGGCAGCUGCUCCCUGUGCCACGUAUGGCUGGAGAGCCACAGAGUGGACCGAGUGCCACGUGGACCCUUUGCUGAGUCAGCAGGACAAGAGGCGAGGCAACCAGACGGCCCUCUGUGGAGGGGGGGUCCAGACCCGAGAGGUGUACUGCGUGCAGACCAAUGAAAACCUCUCACAUUUAAAGACCCACAAGGACAAAGAAGAAAGUAAAUAUCAGAGUACGCCAAAGGCUAGUGCUGCACCUUUCCUAUCCAUUGCUUUUGAAAUAACAGCCUCCAAACCAGUGGAUUUGAAAUUAUGCACUGGCCCUGCUCCUAACACCACGCAGCUGUGCCACAUCCCCUGUCCAAUUGAAUGUGAGGUUUCACCUUGGUCAGCUUGGGGACCUUGUACUUAUGAAAACUGUAAUGACCAGCAAGGCAAAAAAGGUUUCAAACUGAGGAAGCGGCGCAUUACCAAUGAGCCCACUGGAGGCUGGGCGGGCACUGGGAGCUGCCCUCACUUACUGGAAGCCAUUCCCUGUGAGGAGCCGUCCUGCUACGAGUGGAAAGCAGUGAGGCUUGGAGACUGUGAACCAGACAAUGGAAAAGAGUGUGGUCCAGGCGCUCAAGUUCAGGAGGUUGUCUGCAUCAACAGUGAUGGAGAAGAAGUUGACAGACAGCUGUGCAGAGAUGCUAUCUUCCCCAUCCCUGUCGCCUGUUAUGCCCCGUGCCCAAGGGACUGUGUGCUCACCAUGUGGUCUGCCUGGUCCUCCUGCUCAAACACCUGCUCAGGGAAAACCACAGAAGGGAAACAGAUACGGUCUCGGUCCAUUCUGGCUUAUGCCGGUGAAGAAGGUGGAACUCACUGUCCAAAUACAAGUGCUUUGCAAGAGGUGCGCAGCUGUAACGAGCAUCCCUGUACUGUGUAUCACUGGCAAACGGGUCCGUGGGGCCAGUGCAUUGAGGACACCUCAGUCUCAUCCUUCAACACAACUACAACUUGGAACAGGGAGGCCUCUUGCUCUGUUGGCAUGCAGACAAGAAAAGUCAUCUGUGUGCGGGUCAAUGUGGGCCAAGUGGGACCCAAAAAGUGUCCUGAAAGUCUUCGGCCUGAAACAGUGAGGCCCUGUCUGCUUCCUUGUAGGAAGGACUGUAUCGUGACCCCAUACAGCGACUGGACCACUUGCCCUUCCUCGUGUACAGAAGGGAGUUCCGGAGUCAAGAAGCAGUCUCGGCACCGGGUCAUCAUUCAGCUGCCAGCCAACGGAGGCAGGGACUGCACGGAGCCUCUCUAUGAAGAGAAAGCCUGCGAGGCCCCUCAAAUGUGCCAAAGCUACAGGUGGAAGACGCACAAAUGGCGCCGGUGCCAACUGGUCCCUUGGAGCGUGCAGCAGGACAGCCCUGGAGCACAGGAAGGCUGUGGGCCCGGACGACAGGCCAGAGCCAUUACUUGUCGAAAGCAAGACGGAGGGCAGGCUGGCAUCCACGAAUGCCUCCAGCACGCGGGCCCCGUGCCAGCCCUCACCCAGGCCUGCCAGGUCCCCUGCCAAGACGACUGUCAGUUUACCAGCUGGUCCAAGUUUUCCUCAUGCAAUGGAGACUGUGGGGCAGUCAGGACCAGAAAGCGCACUAUUGUUGGAAAAAGCAAAAAGAAGGAAAACUGUAAAAAUUCUCAUGUGUACCCCCUCAUCGAGACUCAGUAUUGUCCUUGUGACAAGUAUAACGCGCAGCCCGUGGGGAACUGGUCCGACUGCAUUUUGCCAGAGGGGAAAGUGGAAGUGCUGCUGGGGAUGAAAGUCCAAGGAGACAUCAAGGAAUGUGGCCAAGGCUAUCGGUACCAAGCAAUGGCAUGCUACGACCAGAACGGCAGGCUCGUGGAGACGUCCAGAUGCAACAGCCAUGGGUACAUCGAAGAGGCCUGCAUCAUCCCCUGCCCCUCUGACUGCAAGCUCAGCGAGUGGUCCAACUGGUCCCGCUGCAGUAAGUCCUGUGGGAGCGGCGUGAAGGUUCGGUCUAAAUGGCUGCGUGAAAAGCCGUAUAAUGGAGGAAGGCCUUGCCCCAAACUGGACCACGUCAACCAGGCCCAGGUGUAUGAGGUCGUCCCCUGCCAGAGUGACUGCAACCAGUACCUAUGGGUCACAGAGCCGUGGAGCGUGUGCAAGGUGACCUUUGUGAACAUGCCAGACAACUGCGGAGGGGGUGUGCAAACCCGAAAAGUGAGAUGCAUGCAGAACACGGCGGAUGGCCCUUCUGAGCAUGUUGAGGAUUACCUCUGUGACCCAGAGGAGAUGCCCCUGGGUUCCAGAGAGUGCAAAUUACCGUGUCCUGAGGACUGUGUCAUAUCUGAGUGGGGUCCGUGGACUCGAUGCACUUUGCCUUGCAAUCAAAGCAAUUUCCGGCAAAGGUCAGCGGAUCCCAUCAGACAACCUGCUGAUGAGGGAAGAGUCUGCCCUGAUGCUGUCGAGACGGAACCCUGUAACCUGAACAGAAACUGCUUCCACUAUGAUUACAAUGUAACAGAUUGGAGUACGUGUCAGCUGAGUGAGAAGGCAGUUUGUGGAAAUGGCAUUAAAACAAGGAUGUUGGACUGUGUUCGAAGUGAUGGCAAGUCGGUUGACCCGAAAUAUUGUGAGGAGCUGGGCCUGGAGAAGACCUGGCAGAUGAACACAUCCUGCAUGGUGGAAUGCCCUGUCAACUGCCAGCUGUCCGAGUGGUCUCCGUGGUCCGAAUGUUCUCAAACAUGUGGCCUCACAGGGAAAAUGAUCCGAAGACGGACAGUUACACAGCCCUUUCAGGGUGACGGAAGACCGUGCCCUGCCCUGAUGGAGCAGUCCAAGCCUUGCCCAGUAAAGCCCUGUUAUCGGUGGCAAUAUGGCCCGUGGUCUCCAUGCCAAGUGCAGGAUGCCCAGUGUGGAGAAGGGACCAGAACAAGAAACAUUUCUUGUGUAGUGAGUGAUGGGUCAGUUGAUGAUCUCAGCAAAGCAGUGGAUGAAGAGUUCUGUGCUGAUGUUGAACCCAUUAUAGAGGGUAAUAAAAAAAUGGUCUUAGAGGAAACCUGCACUCAACCUUGCCCAGGUGACUGUUAUUUGAAGGACUGGUCUUCAUGGAGCCUGUGUCAGCUGACCUGUGUGAAUGGUGAGGACCUCGGCUUUGGUGGAAUACAGGUCCGUUCAAGAGCAGUGAUUAUACAAGAACUAGAGAAUCAACACCUGUGCCCAGAGCAGAUGUUAGAGACAAAACCAUGUGAUGAUGGACAGUGUUACGAGUAUAAAUGGAUGGCUAGUGCUUGGAAGGGCUCUUCCCGAACGGUCUGGUGUCAAAGGUCAGACGGUGUAAAUGUAACAGGGGGCUGCUUGGUGGUUCGCCAGCCCGAUGCUGACAGGUCUUGUCACCCACCGUGUAGUCAACCCCACUCGUACUGUAGCGAGACGAGGACAUGCAGUUGUGAAGAAGGGUACACGGAAGUCCUGUCUUCUAACGGGACGCUGGAGCAGUGCACACUCAUCCCCGUGGUGGCGAUUCCCACCGUGGAGGACAAAAGAGGAGACGUGAAAACCAGCCGGGCAAUCCACCCGACCCAGCCCUCCAGGAACCCGGAAGGACGGGGCAGGACCUGGUUUCUACAGCCACUGGGGCCAGAUGGGAGACUAAAGACCUGGGUUUACGGUGUAGCGGCUGGGGCAUUUGUGUUGCUCAUCUUUAUUGUCUCCAUGAUUUAUCUAGCUUGCAAAAAGCCAAAGAAACCCCAAAGAAGGCAAAACAACCGACUGAAACCUUUAACCUUAGCCUAUGAUGGAGACGCAGACAUGUAAAGUAUAACUUAUCCCACACAACCAGUUUCCGCGUUCCGACCCUGCAGUAGAGGACACAGAGCUAUUCCAACUGUGUGGAGCAGAGCCCAUUGGACCUUUCCAAAAGAGCGUCAUUAAGAAAAGAGAGAAAAUCCCAGUGCCAUUGGAGACAUCAAGACGAUACCACUUACACAGGAGCCGUCAUCCCUGAGAGGGCUAGGGGACUGGGUUGAAUACAUGCCGCCUUCUGAGAGUCUGUGUGAUCGUUCAUGAAACCUACCCACUGGCCAAGUCCUUUCAUCUCUAAACCCUGGUGGCGGAAGUGGCCGU